AUGUCUAGAGUUUUCUCUUGCUACUCGUUACUGUUGUUUCUAGUGAUUUGUACCUUGUGGAUGGCUCAGAUGAGUACUUCCCUUGUUCCUGUUAAGCAACCGUAUAUUAUAUGGCCAGAUUCCAAGACAGGAAAUGCUGUUGUUUACUUUAAGAAUUCAGGACCUUUCCAAACUGAAGUUUUGUGGGUUGGUGCUGCAGCAUGGAAUGAUCAAUAUCAAGUAAGAAAUAAGGUUGCUCAAUUGGUAAGAGCUGGAAUUGUGCCAUUCAUUAAUUCUUAUCAAUUCGGAGACAAUGGACUUAGAGGAAAUUAUGAUUAUGCUGUAAAGUUUGAUACAGAAGUUGCCAAAGCGAUUGGAAAUUCAUUUGCUAUUAUUAAUUUGGAAACUGAAUGGGAUGUUGAUGAAGUUUUAGGAAUUUUCCAAUCAAAUGCUGGUAAACAAUGCUUGUUGGACAGAAUUCAAGCUUUCAGAACCUAUGCUCCAAAUGCUGUUAUUGUGAGCUCACCUGGUCUUUGGAAGCCAGCUUCAUCUUAUUCAUUCUUUGCACCAAUUGAUAAGAAACUGAAUCAAAGAGCAAUGUUGAAUCAUAUUGUCAACUCUUAUGAUAGUAAUUGUGCAAGAACUCCAUAUGGUGGAUUCUGGCAAUAUGGAGCCAAGUCAGCUAGCUCUGCUAUUGAGUUAAUGCUUUCCAAUGUAAACUCUAAUUUUCAAAAAAUUCAAGAUGCUUGGGGUGAUGAAGAUUAUGAAUGGAUUAUGAGUGAUGUAGCAGUUACUUCUUGUGGAUGGGGAGAUCAAAACCAAGCCCAAAUUCUUCAUGAAAUUACCAAUAACAUUGAUUGUUUGUAUGCUUCAGGCUUCCGUGGAUACGUUUUGAGAAAUUCUGGUCCAGAUGUUAACGAAAGAGCUAUGGGUAUUCAAAAUGAAGGAAUGUUCAAAUUCACCAGUAAUCAAUACUCACCAGUUGUUCUUGGAAAUGGUUUGAAUAAGAUGGUUUCAUUCUUGAGAGGAUCAAGUAAACCAGUUUGUUCUGGUGCUUCUAGCCCAUCAAGUGGUGGAGGUAGUUCUGGAGGUUCUUCACCAUCAUCUUCCGAUUUCACUAUUAGAGGAGAUCCAGGUAUUAAUGAAUGGUGGGUUGAAUUAUAUGUUAAUCCAGCUUCAAGUGUUAGAUCCAUAACUUUCAAAUGCAAUGGUCUAACAACCACAUUGGACAAAUCAUCUUGGUCAGCAACUCAAUUCUCUAAAGGACUUUCUUCAAGAUGUCCAAUUGGAACAAAAGCUGAAGUCACAGUUAAUGGUCAAAAAUACUCUAUGGUUUAUGGAAUUGCUCAACCUGCAAAGAAAAUGUAA